GUCAGAGUCAUCUCCUUAGUUUUUCAGCUCAUUCACAAUCAUUGCACUACUUAUGAGUAUUUCCUAAGGAAACCUUUCUUUCCUUCCUAAGCCCUCGCUCAUCGUGCCCAUCUGAAUUUCAGAGUCUCGAAAAUGGGGUUCGUCUGCUCAAGACAAACCAAAAGCCCGCCCGAUACCAUGUCCUCAAAAAAAGUCCAUGUUGGUAUUGUGGGUGCAGGAAUUUCGGGGCUUAGAUGUGCUGAGGUCCUCCUCGAGAAUGGCUUCCAAGUUACCAUUUUAGAGGCCAGAGAUAGAAUUGGUGGAAGAAUUUGCCAAAGUGAUAAGCUGGGAUAUAGUGUUGAUUUAGGUCCAAAUUGGAUUCACACAGCUGGAGGGAGACAACCUAUGCUCGAUCUGGCAAAGAAGACGAAUACAACUCUUCACCGCUGGAACGACAAGCAAAGAAUAUAUGAUGCUUUCGGGAAACUCCUUCCAGACGAGAAAUCAGAAAAGCUUUCAACUCUUCUGUGGGAGAUCAUCGCAGAAGGGUUUGAAUAUAGUCUAAAAGAAGGGAAGUCCAUUCAUGAAACCGAAAGUUUGUAUGACUUCAUCAAACAAAAGGCAAAAGCAAAUUUGCCUGAUGAGAAAGAUCAGGCGUUAUUGUUGCAAAUGUCGCAUGUGUGGGGUUGCUAUAUUGGUGAGCCGAUUACCCAGCAGAGUUUGAGAUACGCCUGGUUAGAAGAAUGUUGUGGUGGAGAGGAAACUUUUGUAGAGGGUAAUCACAAAGCUAUUCUGGCGGAGAUUGCAAGGAUCCCGCUCGAGAAAGCAGUUGUAAAACUGGGGGUAAGAAUUGUGGAAGUACUUACGGCUGAAAGAGAAACCCAGGAUAGUCAGGUGGUUCUGAAAACAGAAAAAGGGGAGAGCUUCUCCUUCGAUGAGGUGCUAAUGACUACUCCUUUGGGAUUUCUGAAGCGGAACAAGGAGAUGUUCAAGCCCUCAUUACCACCCAGACUUUUGGCAGGUAUCGAUGCAAUCUCAGUGGGACAUCUUGAGAAAGUCUUCAUCACCUUUCCAGAAGCCUUUUGGCUUGAUCCUCCGACGAAGCAAAUAAAUUCAAGUCUCUCGCCCGAUCAAAAAGCACACGCAGAAGACACCUUCGCAAGCAAUAUACAUUGGCUUUCGCCCAGCUACUCUCCGGAAACAAAUCCCAAACGCUGGCCUCAAGAAUUCUGGGAUCUCGCCGCCUUCUCACCUGCAAAUCGACGGCCAACGAUGCUCUUCUACAUCUACGGCGAAUGCUCAGAGUACAUAGUCAACCUUGUGCACGGAAAAUCCGAUGAAGAACACUAUAAGCUCCUCGAUGAGUUCUACAAGCCUUAUUACUCACUCCUGCCUCAUUACUCCAUUGAAAAUUCAGCUUGCACACCGAAGGCUUUUCUAUCGAGCGAGUGGCAGAAAGAUGAACUGUCUGGAUAUGGAAGUUAUUGUAAUUUCCAGGUUGGAAUUACGGAUGCUGAUGGCGACAUGGAAGCUAUAAGAAAUGGGGUCCCAGAGAGGAGGUUAUGGUUUGCAGGUGAGCAUACAGCGCCGUUUGAUGAGUGCGGGACUGCUGCCGGUGGGUAUUUAUCCGGCGAAGGAGUUGCGAAACGGAUUCUGGAGGUGUAUGGGAUAAAACCAAACGAAGCCUCUCCAUAAUGGUGUCUUGAUCUUAGGUGUGGAAUUUUAGAUCAUCAAUACUGACUCGGCUUGCUCCUGCUUCAAGCGCCCAGCGUAGACGCCAGCACAAUACUUUACUAUCCCAUGUUCCUUCCAUCGCGCCAGCCCUGGGUUCCCAAAUUUCCAAACAAUGCUAGAAG